AUGAAUGCAUCGCACCGCGACGCCCAACGGUAUUCUGGUCAGCGGGAGGCGUGCACGGCGACCGUGUGGCAGCCGGCCGGCUGCGCCCUGUACCAGGCGGCCAACACCAGCGGCGGCCAGACCCUGACCGGGCUGAUGAUGCUGGGCCGCACGAAAUGCCCGCCCACGUGGAUCGACUGGCGGCGCAGCUGCUACCAUUACGUCAAUAAGGACGUGAAUCCCAUGGACGCGGAGGCUGCGUGCCGUGGACAUAACCCUCGGGCGCACUUGACCUCGGUCGCCAGCCGCGAAGACCUGGACUUUCUGCUUGAGCACCUCAUCAACGGAAGGGACGUCGUCAUCGGCCUGGUGCGCUCGCCCGGCGCCACUGGCUGGCACUGGACGGACGGAGAGACGUCGGCCUACAGGAACUACGCCGACAAGGAGCCGAAGGAUGAUGUGAAUCGGCUGUACACUCACAUGAAGCACGACGACGGAGAAUGGGUCACAAAGAAGAGCGAUAACAAAGCACACUACGUCUGCAAGAUUUUGCAGUGA